CCCUCCUGGACCCAGGAGAGCACCCUGGUUGCAGUGAAACCAGAUGGGGUACAGCGCCGGCUCAUCAGAACUGUGAUCCAGCGCUUUGAGAGGCGGGGCUUCAAGCUGGUUGGCAUGAAGAUGCUGCAGACACCUGACAGCAUCCUUGCUGAGCAUUACCAGGACCUACAGAGGAAGCCCUUUUACCCAGCCCUUAUCAGCUACAUGAGCUCUGGGCCCGUGGUGGCAAUGGUCUGGGAAGAGUACAAUGUGGUCCGCACCUCAAGGGCCAUGAUAGGACACAGUGACUCCACUGAGGCUGCCCCUGGGACCAUCCGGGGGGACUUCAGCAUCCACAUCAGCAGGAACAUCAUCCACGCCAGUGACUCAGUGGAAGGGGCCCAGAGAGAGAUCCAGCUGUGGUUCCAGAGCAGCGAGCUGGUGAACUGGGCAGAUGGGGGCCACUACAGCAGCAGCUAUCCAGCUUGAGGGCUUGUGCUGCCCUCAGUGCCCCAGCAACCA